AAACUACCCCAGUCUGCGCUCCGCUAAAUUACAGGCACAGCUCACAGCCACUGUCGGAAUGUUUUACAAAUUCUAGCGUUCCAAUGAGAGUAUGGUGGAAUAGCAUCACUUUACGAGUUGGAAGAAGAGCUUCAAUUGUUUGAUAGUGUCUGUAGCAUGAUAUUUCUCACCUGGAAUCGCGCAAAUCCGAGAUAACGAAAAUGUCACAACAACGGGUCGUCCAACUGUCGACCGCCUCGCUCGCGCUGGUCUUCGGCAAGGACGAGGAGAGCUCGAGAGCCACCGGUGGAGAGAAAUACAAGGCUGCAAGCGGCCAGGAGAUUUUUGCCGAUUUUAAAGCGCAAAAUCUGCGCAGUUUUUGGAAUAAAAGACUUGUGAAAGCUAUAGCUGAAGUUUAUUUCCAAGGAUGGAUGGAGAAUUUGGUCCUGUUCGUCCAUGGGAAUGCCAACAACCUCGAGGUGCUGAGGGAAGCUUGGAUGCGCCGAGCGCUGAGGUCACCCAAAGGGUUUGUCAUCAAAGCAGUCGGUGACCUGUCCCCAGUGCAGAUGUCUCCAGUGGCCCAGUCUCAGUUCCUCCCUCUAGCCGAGGUCCUCUGCUGUGUCAUCUCUGACAUGAACUCCUCCAAUAUCACCGUCAACCAGGAAGCCCUCAUCAGUCACAUGACCAAGGCUCACCCAGGUAUGACCAUCCCUACUCAGGACAUCCUUUACAACGCUCUGGGCUCGUUGAUCAAAGAGAGGAAGAUCUACCACACAGGAGAGGGCUAUUUCAUUGUCACUCCUCAGACCUACUUUAUCACCAACAGCCUGGUGAGAGAGAAGAGCUGGUGGACCUCAGGGUCUGGAGACAAUGAGCUGCCAUCCCCUCCCCCCAUCACCUACCUGCUCAGUAAUGACACCCUGGAGAGCCACUCACAGCCCCCUCUGGUGGCCCACUGCAAGUCCUGCAGCUGCUUUGCCCCUGCCCAGAACGUGACCAAUCCUGCCACUACAGCCACUACAGCCACCACGGUUCCUCCAUCGAUCCCCGACCAGCACUCGGUUUCUGUUUCUAUUAGCGAGUGCACAGGGAAGAGUCUAAAGUGGUCCCGGGACCACAAGCCUCAAGUCCAGCACCAGUCGACCUCGACGGCCGCAGACUACCAGGCUAGCGAGGUCAGCAAGACCACUACGGCUACCGCCGCCAGCAGCAAGGGCAAACCGGGGAGGAGGUUUGGCCUCAGCCUCUUCAGGAGGAACGGAGGGAAGAAGGAGAAAGUGAAGAAAGAAUAUGCCUCAUUCUCGGGUCAGUUCCCUCCGGAGGAGUGGCCGGUGAGAGACGAGGAGGAUCUGAACAAUCUGCCCAGAGACCUGGAGCACGCCAUCAUCAGACGCAUUAACCCUGAGCUCACUGUGGACAACCUGACACGCCACACUGUACUAAUGAAGAAACUGGGGGAGAGAGGAGGGGAGAAAGGGACGGAAACAGAAAGACGAGGGGAAAGAGGGGUGGAAAGGGAUAAGGGUUUGGACAAGGGGGACAGGGUAGACAGAGGGGACAAGGUGGUGGACAAGGGCAUGUCCACUGAGAUCCUGACCAGCUCCAAGCCCAGACAACAACACUCCUCCCGGCCCGUACUCGGAGCAGGGGCUGGGGGCAGGAGAUCUACUUCCAAGGCCUCUCGCAGCAAGAGAACGCAUUCCUCCGGGGAGAAACAGAAAGACAGGUUGAAGACUAAGGCCCCAGUGUGUGUGGAUGUGGACCCAGACAGGGAGGAGCUGGUCCCCUCUCGCCUCAGACCUGAGGUCCCUGUCCAUGAACCAGACCAUAGAGAGGAUCCAGGAGUGGUGGAGGGGAAAAGCCUCUAUAAGAAACGCAUUGACAACCCCUUUGAGGGUCAACCACCUGGGAAAGAUACAACCCCAGCCCAGACUGUGGCCCCUAGCAUGACCCACAAAGAACAGAGGAGGAGAGAGGGAAAGGAAGCGAAGGAGGGGAAAGAGAGGAAGACAUCAGGAGGAGGCAGGAGAGAACGAGUGGGACACCGCUCCAAAUCCUGGGACCCGCACAAAGCCAAAGUGACCGCUGAUGACACAGAGCAUGCUGGAAAGUCUCGUACAACCGAGGACAGGUCAUGUGACCGUCUCCACGAGAGGGGGUUCACCACCGACCCCCUCCUCCUGCACCCCUCUGAUACCAAACCCCCCAGAGAAUUACCGUCAGACUACAGCUCGGCAUACCCCCAGAGCAGCACCCUAAGGAUAGACGACAAGGUUAGAUAUCAGAGGGAGAGAAAGAACAGAGGGAGGGACAGCAGGGAGGGAGGGAAGGAGAAGGAGGGAAAGCAUAGAAUGACACAGCAAGCAGAAUAUGGCAGUACAACGGACCAUAGACACCCAGCAGUAACAACAAGCCAAACCCUAGACUCUGAUGCCAACCUCCCUAGGACCCACCUCUAUGACCCAGUCCCUGCCCAUCCGGGCGACCCGGCCGUGCCCUGGCCAAAGCCUGCUGUGCAUCGCAGGCACUCCUUCAAACACACAGACACACAGGGAGACCUAACCCACAGGCCUGACCUGCUCUCCUCUCACCAACAGGCUUUCAGUACCACCCCCAACCAGCAUGGUCUGGUACACAGCAGUGGUGGCAGUAGAGAGCACAGGACUCCAGGUCAUGAGCAUGGGGACAUUGAUGGGUUAAUGGUGGAGAGUAAUGGCUUUAUGAUAGAGAGUGAUGAGUUUAUAGAAGAUGACCACAGGCUUUACCAGAGAGCAGAGGAAGAAGAUGAGGAUGCCUGUAGUUCUCUUUAUCUGAGUGAGGAGGGAGUCAUUGACAACAGAGAGAUCUAUCAAACACGAAUGUCUCACUAUCAUGACUCUCAGUCCCUCUACCAUGAUCCUCAGACCAUAUACCAAGACACUCACUUCGACCACCAAGACCCUACUCACUACCACGACCAACCUCACUCCUCUUACCAUGAGCCCCAACCCCACUUCCCCGACCCCCAAUCUCUCCAAGGAGACUGGGAUAGCACUUAUGCGGAGGAGCACUCUUCUACCAUCCACCAAUACCCCUCUCUGUCCCCUCACAGCCCCCACGGACAGGGGAAGGAGAGGUGCGUCAGAGUGAGCCGUUCUACCCUUAGCCACCUCAGACAGACGUCACCAGGGACCCACAGUGAUCCCAGCCCCAGGCGAGGAGCCCCGAUCCUUGGGGAGCGACGGCAGGGCGACAGCCUCUCCCUGGAGGGUUUGGAGCAUGCUGGGGUGGCAGAGAGCAGCAUAUUUGACUACUGCCAGACCAGCGAGGUGGAGUCUGACGCUGAGACCCUCCAUAAGUCAGCAGACGAGGGGGACGGGGAGUCGGCUCACUGGGGUUGCAGAGUAGAGGAAGACGGGGACGAAAAGGGGGGCUGUGAGACCCUGAGGGAGAGAGGAGGCCUUCAGAGCUCAAGUAUCAGUCUGGGCAUGUCCAGUGGAGCCAGAGGGGGAAAGAUGAUGGGGGAGGCAGGGGAGAGUCAGAGCAACACGGGAGACAGCGGGAUAGACUCGCCAUGCACCCAUGUGACUCUGGCAACCAACAACACAGUGAUUCUGGAGGGUCUAAAGAGGAGAGGUUUCCUACAGAACCUGGAGAAACUGCACUCCAAGAGCUCCGCCAUGAGACCACAGAGCUCUUUGCUACAGCUCACACCAGUCAUGAACGUAUAGAAACCAUAGGCUCCCAGAUGCAUCUCAGAGGGAGGGACAAUGAGCUCCCUGACGCAGCUCCGUGUGAGGGCCCAUGAGCUUCCUGACGCAGCUCUGUGUGAGAUUCCCAUGAGUCCCCUGAUGCAGCUCCGUCUGUUCCGCCAUCAGAAAGCGUGGGAAGUAAGAAUGUGCAAUCAGAUAUGGGGUUCACAGCCGAACUUCAUGGACUUCCAGCAUGUUUGUUUCACUGCUGUAAUAAACUUACUGUGAACACCUAGCUUUUCCUCAUUGUCUAUGCUGGUUAGCUGUCCACUCCUCCCGGGAUAGUGUAUAACAGCAACUUAUGGAUGCUCAACCCAGACCUACCCCAGUGGAUGUCCUUGUAUAUUUUAUUCUUCCCCUUUCUGUAUAUAACAUUUAACAGGAAUAUCCUGAGAGACAUAUUUGGCUAGUGAAUCUGCUGCAAUGAAUGCAUGAUCAAUCAAUAGGUGGUGUGGAUGUAGGAGGUAGUACUGUGAGUUUGCAUGGUCCUUCCACUAGGCCUGAAAUUGAAUUUUCAUACCUUUCCUUGUAGCCAUGUGUAACACAAAUAUUUAUGUACCACACAAGCCACCACCUCACUGAAAGUUGUUCACACUUAAUAAGUAGCACCAUUCGCUUCGCCAUGGAACCCGUCACUCUUCCACCACCAGCACCCAGGCCUUAGCUUCUCAGCUACCAGGCUCCUUUGUAUUGAAUAGUAGUGCCUACCUACCCUUUACCCUGCAAUGACUUUGCCUUUCAUAGGAUUUCCUCUUGUAAGUAAACAAGUUCAUUGAAGUCGCUCAGUAACAGCCGAUACAAACCAGAACCUGGCAGACAGAGGUGAUAAGCUAAGUCCUGGGUGUACAUGGAGAGAAAUCCCAGCCACAUCAACAUGGCUCUGGGAGAGCUCGGGUUAGGAAUUGAGGUGGUUUAGUGUUGGGUGAUAGCGAGAUGACGUGUGUUUAACUUGUAUUUAUUUUUAUUAAAAAUUAGGUCAUUACUAAACAGUGGGACUUUUACAACUAGAAGGGACGGCUAUAAUUUUGGUUGGGAAUGAGGUAAGCAAACCUUAGACAAGGCUGCCCCCAAUUGGACACAGUAACAAAAGAAAUGGAAGCAUGUUUGAAAACUCAAAUGAGCCAAUGGUUACAGUAGUUUGUGGGGAGGCAAAAGCAUAGUCACCGACAUAAAUUUGAGAAUUUCCAAGUUAGGUGGAAAGAAGUUGUCAAGUAACAUGGAUUAAUGAAUAUUUAACUGAUCUGAAAGUCCUAGGAACUUGUCAAGCAACCCAACUUCAACAGCUCGUCUGUAAAGGGUUAUUAUAAGUUCAGGCUAGAACUUCUCUCCUUUUGAAAAGGAUAUUUUGGUUGUGUCAUCGUCCAUCUGUAUCGACUGCUCCACACAGAGACAAAUUAAACUCUGCCCCUGACCACUACAUUGUUACUGGGAGAUUUGAUUUGG